AUGUACGCGAAGCCUUUGCGAACGUCGUUGAAGGUGCUGAAGAAUGCCGGCGUGGACUGUGUGAUUGUGGGCGAACUUGCACUUAGCUACUACAAUGUUGGCUGUGUGCUGCAUGACAUCGAGGUAUGCGUGUCCAGCUCGAAGCUCAGCAGCGCGGAGCAAGCAUUGGACUCUUCUCCUCUCUUCCGAAGAGUGCCACCAAGCAGCCCUGGUGCGCAUGCUGAAUACACAAGGGGAUGCCCUCGGUUUGUAGAAAAGUACGCAGACGAGCCCCAGAUUGUACUACUCAGCGAUGAGAAAAUCGAGAAGCCGGAUGCCCUUGGUCAAGAGGCUCACGGCAGAGACGCCUAUUACAGCCUCGAAAUCCUCGACUAUCUCACUGGCGAAGAUAUAACACAGACGCCGAUACCCACGCUUCCGUCGCUUCUGCGCUACUUGUGUCUGCUCUCCUUUAGUAGCGGGGAUCCUGUGCAUAGGACUCGCAUGGAGCAACUUGUUGAUGGGAUGAAUAUCGACAAUGAAUGGUGCAAGGAGAACUUACCAGAUCAUCUCCAUGCUCAGUACGUCAUGAACCUGGUGGACGGCAAGAGGGACAGGAUGGGCGACUCUUCUGGAAACUUCGUAACACGCUACAUCGCUGCUCUGCAGAUGGCUGAGAGCGUUACUCGCAUUCCAGGUUACAGAAUCUAA